AUGUCUCAGAGCGCAGACAUGCAGAAGAAGGUUCAGGAGACUGCGAAUCAGGCCUACACCGCCAGUAAGGAUGCCGCAAACCAAGCCUACGCCACCGGCAAGGAGAAGAUGAGUGAGGCCCAAGCGUCUGACAGCACGCAGCAGAUGAAGCAGGGCUUGGAGAGUGCGCAGGAAAAGACUGCCGAGGCCUACGAGGCUUCCAAGGAGAUGGCGGCGCAGGGCUAUGAGGCCGCCAAGCAACAGACAGCCAGCGGCGUAGAGGCUGCACAGGAGCAGCUCGUGCAUGGAUAUGAUUCCGCAAAGGAGAAGCUGUCAGAAAACUUUGAGGCAUCAAAGGAGGAGACGCGUGCGCAGGGCGAGGCUGCCAAGCAAAAGACGAAAGAGCAGCUUGCGCACGGCUAUGAUGCUGCGAAGGAGAAGUUGGCAGAAGGCUACGCAGCCACCAAAGAGAAAGUGGUUGGCGCCUUUGAGUCCGAGGAAGGUCAGCAGGGAAGGGCUGGUGGUUCCUGA